GCAUAUCUGCCCUGACAACCCAUUGUCCUCGAAACUCGAUAGAUAAUCAAUCACUGAACACACAACAUUUCAACAUGGUCCUUGGUCUUAUAUCACUUGUUGCAACGAUUCCCAUGACAGCGUCUUCCGUCUUGACGCUACAAGAGCAGGCCGAAAGAAAGGAUAGCGAUGGCCCCAGCUCGGAAUGGAAGCAUGACAAAUGCCACAUACGAUGUCGAGCGACCGAAAGAACGCCAGAAGACCGCAAAGAAAUGUUCAAAGACAGCCAUGUAGUGCUUUCCGGGGGCCGAUUAUAUGUUCAGCUAUCCAUAUAUCAAAGACCGCACCUUCAUCCCUUCUCUGGCUACUACCUACCGUUCCCGAAUUCAAAUUUCGAUGGCAUUGUCUCCACCAUUUCGGAUAAUCCUCCACAGCUGAAUUGGAUAUAUCUAGACACCGACUCCGAUAUCUUCCACUUCAGCCAUGGACUACGCAUCGAGGCUGAAGAAGGGCUUGUCGGCCCAUGGGGUGCUCGCAUUUGCUCUAAUGGAGAGAAACGAUAUCUAUUCGAAAACUGGGAAGGCUUCAUCGCCGUGGAAAAUGAAGACGAUCCGGGCUUAUGGAAGCUAUGCUUUGACAAGUACGACAAUGGGCUGGAAGGGAAAAUACGGCAAGGCCAGAGAACGGUAGAAUUGGAGCUUGUACGCGAAGAAAUAGAAGAUUAACAGCAUGUUGCGCGAUUCCUUUGUUUGGUGUUUGCCUUCCGAGGAUCCGUAAGAUCCCCCGGCCCGUAGAUGUAUCCAGAUAAACGAGAGA